AUGGCCUCUCACUGGGAGGAAUUCUACUCCACAAACCCACAGCCAGUAAACUUCGAAAAUAAUUGCACUCUCUUAAAAAACUUCUGCGAAAGCCACAAGAAAAACAAUCAACGAAUUGUUCUGGUUACAUCUGGAGGUACGACUGUCCCACUUGAACACAAUACAGUGAGAUUUGUGGACAAUUUUAGCGGCGGAUUAAGAGGAGCAGCUUCUGCUGAAUAUUUUUUAGAUCAAGGCUAUUCUGUGAUAUUCCUACAUCGAUUCAAUUCAAUUAUUCCGUUUACAAGGCACUUUAAUCAUUUGAAGAUGUUAGAUAUGCUAGUCUUACAAAAAAACGAAAAAAAUGUGUCUAUAUCUAUUAAACCUGACAGUGUAGAUAUGUUAGCGCCGAUACUUGUAAAAUAUCAAAGAGCGCAAGAAGAUAAUAAGAUGCUUUAUAUUAAUUUUACUACGCUAUCUGAUUAUUUUUGGUUAUUAAGAGCUUGUUGUGAAUACUUGAAGGAUAUAGGUGCAAACGCCUUGCUAUACUUAGCAGCUGCUGUCUCAGACUUCUUUGUUCCUAGUAGUCAAAUGGCUACCCACAAAUUACCAUCAGACGGCGUUCCAGAGAUUCAUCUUCAGUUAGUACCUAAGCUACUAGUACCAAUUGUAUCCCUUUGGGUACCUCAUGCAUUUGUUGUAUCUUUUAAAUUGGAAACAGAUGAGAGUGUACUAAUUUCCAAAGCAACAGGAGCUAUAAAAAAAUAUAAACAUAAACUGGUCAUUGGGAAUAUGUUGCAUACGAGACGGACAAGAGUCGUUUUUGUAACUGAAGGUUCUAAUUAUGAAAUCAAAUUAACAGAAGAGCAAAUUUCUAAUGGUGUUGAAAUUGAGAAUAUAAUAGUGAAGAAUGUCGUAUCUGUGCAUACAAAGUUUAUAGAAGGAACAUUUUAA